UUGGAAUUUCAGGUCCUACCGAAUGUUGCUCACUCAAGGCGAGAAGUGGAACUUCAGCGACUGGCCUCAGAUCAUCCUCAUAUUGUCAAAAUUGUUGAUGUUUAUGAGAACAAACUUCGGGGAAGCUGUUGCUUGUUUGUUGUUCUGGAAUACAUGAGCGGUAUGAUGAAGAAUUACCAGCUUACGGAACGUGAUACGGCUUGCAUCAUGCACGAUCUUGGCUUGGCCGUCGAACAUAUUCACGCACUGAAUAUUGCUCAUCGCGACAUCAAGCCAGAAAACGUUAUGUACAAGUACGUCCUGAAAAUCUUACUUGAACAUUUUUUUCUUGUCCUAAAAAGAGGAUUGUGA